GCCUAUGACAUCACAAUGCCCAUUGUUACAGGUGAGUUGAUACCAGGUCACACAAGUUCAUUCUCAUCAAACCCAGGAUCCAUUUUCUCCGGGGACGAUUUCUAUAUUUUGUCGUCUGGCUUGACAACAAUCGAAACAACAAUCGGGAACAACAACCCAUUAUUAUGGAACAAUGUAACUCCACAAUCGGUUCUUGAAUGGAUGCGGAACCUCGUGGCCAACCAACUUGCUCGACACGGGGAGGAGUGGGCGGCAACGUUUAAGAGAUUCAACAGCGGAACUUACAACAACCAAUGGAUGAUAGUUGAUUACAACAAGUUCACACCUGGUGAAAAACCUAAGGACGGUUUGUUGCAUGUGCUCGAACAACUGCCAGGCAUGUGUGUCCAUAAAGACGUGACGCAUAUUCUGGUGGAGAAUUCCUACUGGGCAAGUUACAAUUCACCAUACUUUCAAGAAAUCUUCAAUGCGAGUGGCUUGCCAGCAUUGGUGGCUAAAUACGGCAACUGGUUCUCGCACGACAAGACACCUCGUGCCCUCAUAUUUGCGCGAGAUCACUCUAAGGUUACAGACAUGAACACCAUGGUUAAACUGAUGAGGUACAAUGAUUACCAGCACGACCCGCUCUCUGCCUGCAACUGCACUCCCCCUUACAGCGCUGAGAAUGCAAUAUCUGCUCGUAACGACCUCAUGCCCGCCGACGGGUCGUACCCCAUACCAGCACUGGGACACCGCAACCAUGGGGCCACCGAUGUUAAAGUUACAACGUCGGAAAUGAGAAAGUGAGGUUUUGUUGAUAAAAAAG